CAAACGGAGGCGGGACGUCCGGGAGCAGAGUGAGAGAGAGAGUGAGUGAGAGAGAGAGAAGAAGGAGCGAAGCUGAGGAGAAGUUCGGACGCUCGGAGGUCGGAGCUGCUACCGGCGAAGCGGGAGCUCUCGAGCCGUCAUGAGCGGCGGCGUCUACGGAGGAGAUGAAGUUGGUGCUCUGGUGUUUGAUAUUGGCUCCUGCACAGUGCGAGCUGGCUAUGCCGGAGAAGAUUGCCCAAAGGUGGAUUUUCCUACUGCCAUUGGGGUGGUCUUGGACCGAGAUGACGGAAGCUCCAUGAUGGAGAUCGACGGUGAUAAAAGCAAGCAAGGAGGACCAUUAUACUACAUAGACACAAAUGCCUUGAGAGUUCCUAGGGAGAACAUGGAAGCCAUUUCACCUUUGAAAAAUGGAAUGAUUGAAGAUUGGGAUAGUUUCCAAGCCAUCCUGGAUCAUACCUAUAAGAUGCACAUUAAAUCUGAAGCUUCAUUGCAUCCUGUUUUAAUGUCUGAAGCACCAUGGAACAUUAGAGCAAAGCGUGAGAAGCUGACAGAAUUAAUGUUUGAACAUUACAAUAUCCCAGCAUUCUUCCUAUGCAAAACUGCAGUACUCACAGCCUUUGCAAAUGGCAGAUCCACAGGGUUGAUCUUAGAUAGUGGAGCAACGCACACCACUGCGAUUCCAGUCCACGAUGGAUACGUGCUUCAGCAAGGCAUUGUGAAGUCACCUCUGGCUGGAGAUUUCAUUUCAAUGCAGUGCAGGGAACUGUUUCAAGAAAUGAACAUUGAGAUCAUCCCACCUUAUAUGAUUGCAUCGAAGGAAGCAGUUCGAGAGGGUUCUCCAGCAAACUGGAAAAGAAAAGAGAAAUUGCCGCAGGUCACAAGAUCUUGGCACAACUAUAUGUGUAACUGUGUUAUUCAGGAUUUUCAAGCUUCUGUUCUACAAGUUUCUGAUUCAGCUUAUGACGAACAGGUGGCUGCGCAAAUGCCAACUGUACACUAUGAGUUUCCCAAUGGCUACAAUUGUGAUUUUGGUGCUGAGCGGUUAAAAAUUCCCGAAGGCUUGUUUGACCCUUCAAAUGUAAAGGGCUUAUCUGGGAAUACAAUGCUUGGUGUGAGUCAUGUGGUCACCACUAGUGUUGGAAUGUGUGAUAUAGACAUUCGGCCGGGCCUCUAUGGUAGUGUGAUUGUAGCAGGAGGAAAUACACUACUACAGAGUUUUACAGACCGGCUGAAUAGAGAACUCUCUCAGAAAACCCCUCCGAGCAUGCGGUUGAAGUUAAUAGCGAACAACACAACGGUGGAGCGAAGGUUUAGUUCCUGGAUUGGUGGUUCCAUUUUGGCUUCUUUGGGUACCUUCCAGCAAAUGUGGAUUUCUAAGCAGGAGUACGAAGAAGGGGGAAAGCAGUGUGUAGAAAGAAAGUGCCCAUAAAACCCCACGACUUUAAGAAUCUGCCUUCCUGUUGCUUCUAAUUUUUUAAUAGCUUUAGUAUACUCAGGAAUUGAAACUUUGUCUCUUCUGUAGGAAGCGUAUACUUUUUGUGCAUCCUGAUUUUCAAGGUUUUUUUAAAAAAAAUCCUAAUAUUUGAAAAGGCCAAACUUGUUCUGUUUCGCAGCACAUGGAUGCUUUUAUCCAUUUUAAAUGCAAUAACUUUUAUACAAACUUUUUAAAAAAAAUAAUUUUGUAUAAAUAUCUAUUUUCUGCAAAAAAAAUUCUCCUGGAGACUGAUCUAUAAAUUAUGGUUGUAAUUUCUUGCCUCUGGAUAAAGAUGAGGAAAAAUGUGUACCUUCUUACAGACUAGUCUUCCUUGUGCUAGCAUCAAUAAAUUUCUCUAGUUUGGC